UUUCCAGAGAAAGAUGAAGGUUGUAGCUGCCUAUUUGCUCGCUGUUCUGGGAGGCAAUGCCUGCCCUUCCACCGAUGAUUUGAAGGACAUCAUCAGUUCUGUUGGAGCUGAAGCUGAUGAUGAUCAGAUUGGGCUUCUUUUGACACAAACUCAGGGCAAAGAUAUCACUGAGCUCAUUGCAGCUGGAAGAGAGAAGUUGGCAUCUGUACCCACUGGAGGUGGUGCUAUUGCAGUGGCCGCUUCUGCUGCCGGUGCUACCGGUGGUGCAGCUGCUCCAGCUUCAGCUGAGCCCAAGAAAGAGGAAAAGGUGGAGGAGAAAGAGGAGUCAGAUGAUGAUAUGGGGUUCAGUCUCUUUGACUAAAGGGUUGCGGCUUAAAUAGCUUUCAUAGUAGUGCUCUAGUGUUUCUUUUUCUUUUUAAUAUUUGGUGUUCACUUGGAUUAAAAUUUUGACAAUCUCAAAGUAUUGCAGUCAGCUGUCAGCAACAUCAUUCUUGGAUAUUACUUGAAUUGAUUACUGGAUUACUUCUACCGUUUCUCUGAAUAUUUAUUGGAAAAAUUGUAGCAGAGGUUCCAAACGUUU